AACAGCGCGCUGCUAUCAGCUGGUCUUAAACUGAAAUCAACAACAAAUUCACGCAGUAGCUCAGAUUAAACAUUUUACAAGUUAAGUAGUAAUGGUGCCAGACAUCAACUAAAGAAAUGGAAAAGAUAACGAUUAGCAAGGAAAUGGCAGCAGCAGUCGACAGUUACCUACAGUACAGGAGAAUUGUAGGUGAAGAUGAUGGCGGAAAACUCUUUACUCCAGAAGAGUAUGAGCAGUACAAGAAAAAAAUGUUGCCAAUCCGACAGAAAAACAGAUUGUUUGUUAGUUGGACAUCACCAACAGGGAUGGACUGCAAGCUAGUGGGACCAGAAACCCAAUGUUUUUGUACUCACAGAUAUAAACAACACAAGACAGAUUUUGAAGAUAUUCCCAAAGAAAGACCAAUUUUUCUUCCAUGCAGAGUAAAAGGCUGCCAGUGUAAAACAUAUCUCUACGUUCCUUUAAAUGGAUCUCAGCCAAUCCGUUGCAGAUGCAAGCAUUUUGCAGAUGAGCAUCAUGAAGCAGAACAUUAUAGCUGCAAGAAAUGUUCCAGCUGUACAGAAUUUCGUAGUUCAUUCACUUGUGGCUGUGGUCACCCAACGUUUACCCAUGACACAGUUGUUGAAACUAAAGAGGAGCGAAUGGCCCGUGGAAAUCCUGUAGGUUAUGAUGUUCCAUAUGCAGCUAUGGGAGGUCUCACAGGAUUUAGCUCACUAGCAGAAGGAUAUCUAAGACUAGAUCCCAGUGGCACUGGUGCACCAGCUGUUGAUAUAUUAAAUGCACCAGUGAACUCAAUGGACCAUCCGUACUUAAAGACAUAUGGAGGACAUCAUGACAGGCAAGCAUUAACAAAUGGUUUGUGCUCAAUGACAGAACAACUUUCUCAUUUGAAGACCUCAGAAGAGAAGGACAUGAAGUACUUUGAACACUGCUACCAAGAAAGACUAAAAAUGGAAAGGAUUGCAAAGAGACAGAAACAGCAUUCAAAAGCAAAAAGCAAAACUAAAUAGUAGGAUGAACUCAGACUCUGUGAACAGAAAAAAUAAUUAAGCGUUUUAUUAUGAAUACUGUUCUUAAAAAGAUGGAAGAUUAUGGUCUGCAGUUGAAAAUUAUAGGAUUAAUCUGUUGUGAUAUCUCAUAACUUUUUCAAGAUGUUUAUUUAAAGGCACUUAUUUAUAAAUUAAAAAAGAAUGUUUGAAUUGUUA